AUGAAUUCGGACGAUUUGUUGCCGAGUGAAGUGGACGUGGUGGUGCUGGGUACAGGUUUACCGGAAUCGAUAAUAGCUGGUGCAUGUGCUCGAUCCGGAUUGAGCGUUUUACAUCUAGAUAGGAAUGAAUAUUACGGUGGUGUAUGGUCUUCGUUUAAUUUACAAUCCAUAAAUAGUUUAUUUGAAAAUUUGUCUUCAACGACGGCAUUGAAUCAGGAUGUUGAUAAUGAAAUAGACAUAAAGAAUAUCGAGUUGAAUGAAGGUGAAGAAGCGUUGGCGAUUGGACAGUAUCAACCCAUUCAAAACGUUCAUUUACAAUGGCAUAUUACAGAAGCGGACGCAACGGAAAGUGAACAAAAUGGAUCAAUUGAAAGUGAUAAGUCAAUAAGAAGUGAUUUGGAGAAGAAUUGGCGACGAUUCAGUAUCGAUUUGCUACCGAAGGUUCGAUUUUCAGAUGAAUCACAAAAUGGUUGGAUGUGA